AUGGCCACCCAACUCGACUUCGAUGUGUUGAUUAUUGGCGCUGGAUUGAGUGGAAUCUAUUCCCUGCAUCGUAUGCGCCAGCUGGGAUUGAAAGCCAGAGUACUCGAGGCUGGCACAGGCGAAGGAGGGACAUGGAAUCGAUACCCCGGCGCCCGCUUUGAUUCUGAGAGUUAUUCUUACAACUACUCCUUCUCACAGGAGUUGCUGGACGAAUGGAGCUGGACGGAGCAUUUUGCCCCUCAGCCCGAGACGUUGCGAUAUAUUCAAUUCGUCACCGAUAAGUUCGACCUGCGACGAGAUAUGCAGUUCAACACCGAAGUCCAAUCGGCACAUUACCACGACGACAGUCGAUCGUGGGAACUGACCGACGACAAGGGUAACCGAUAUACCUCGAGGUUCCUGAUCACUGCGAUGGGUAUUUUGAAUAAACCAACCCUUCCCAACAUUCCAGGUCUCGAUGACUUCAAGGGACAAGCCUUCCAUACCGCCCGCUGGCCACGGGAACCUGUCAGUCUCCAAGGCAAACGGGUGGGAAUAAUCGGCACCGGGGCCACGGGAAUACAAAUCAUCCAGGAGAUUGUGAAGACCGUGGGUCAUUUGACGGUGUUCCAGCGAACCGCGAACUGGUCGGCUCCACUCCGCAACGCAAAAAUCACGCCAGAAGAGAUGGACGAAAUCCGUAAGCACUAUCCCGAGAUAUUUAAGAAGUGCAAGGAAUCAGCCACCUGCUUUGUGCAUCCAGCAGAGCCACGGAAGUUAGCCGACGUGUCCGAGGCGGAAAGGCUGGCACAUUGGGAAGACAUAUACUCGCGCCCGGGGUUUGCUAAAUGGGUCAGCAACUUUCCGGAUGUCGCAUAUGAUCGGCAGGCAAAUGCUGCCUGUAGCGAAUUCUUCGCCAAUAAAAUUCGAGAAAGGGUCAAAGAUCCCGUCACGGCAGAAAAGCUCAUUCCAAAGGACCACGGCUGGGGAACGCGACGGAUCCCAAUGGAGACCCAUUAUUUCGAGGCAUACAACCAAGACAAUGUUCGAUUAGUCGACAUCAAAGAGGACCCGAUCGAACGGGUGACAGAGAAGGGUGUCAAGACUCGCAGUGAAGAAUUUGAACUGGAUAUUCUGAUUUACGCCACUGGUUUUGAUGCUGUGACAGGGUGUUUCACUGCCGUCGACUUUCAGGGCGUUGGCGAUCAGAAACUGAACGACGUCUGGAGCGAGGGCCCCCGUACACAGCUAGGUCUUUUCGUGCACGGAUUUCCUAACAUGAUGAUGGUCAUGGGGCCUCACCAGAUGUUUGGUAAUAUACCCCGAAGUAUCGAAUUCGCGGUUGACUGGAUUGCCGACUGCAUAAGCUAUUGCCGAGACAACAACAUUACACGGAUUGAAGCGACUGAGAAGGGAGUGGCAGAGUGGACUGACCAUGUCUACAAAUGUUCCGAGGGCCUGUUGACAAACGAGGUUGACUCUUGGAUGACAGGGAUCAAUAAGAACCUUGCUCACAAGCAGAAGAGGACCAUUGCACGCUACAUGGGACCUGCUCCGGGGUAUAGGAAGAGGUGUGAUGAGGUUGCUGCAAGGAAAUAUUCAGAUUUGGCCUUGGCUUGA